UCUCGGGCUGCAGCUCCGCUCUCUCUCUGGAAGUUGCAGGCUGCUCUCUCUGUCUCUCUCUCUCUCCUCUCCGCUCCCUGACGGCUGGACUGAGGAAUUAUGAGCAGAGCUCUCCCCGCCUCUGACACCCUGUCUUGAAUCAUUCUGUUUCCCAACCGAACCGAACCGAACCGAGCCGAGGCGAGCAUGGAGACCGGACUCUGCAUCCUCCUGACUUUCCUCCUCCAGCAGAUCGCUGACGGCGGCGGCCAUGACGGCGGCGGCCAUGACGGCGGCGGCCAUGACGGCUGUGUGCCCGGCUUCCAGGUCAGAAACUACCAGCUGGUGUUGAGCGGACCGCUGCAGAAAGGCCAGCCGCUUCUACAAGUGGAGUUUGAUGACUGCGCGGGGAACGAGGACGUGUCGUUUGAAGUGUCUGACCCCAGCUUCCUCGUGGACGGAGACCUGAACCUGGUUCCCCGCCGGGUCGUGGAGUCCUGCGGGCCGGUGCUGCUGGUCCACGGCUUCGGAUCGCACGCAGACGACCGGGCGCAGGUGGACGUGUCCGGACUUCCUGUCCGGUCGGACAACACGCUCCCGGAGGUUCUGGGCCUCGGCCAGAAGCCACCGUACCGAUGGAAGAGAGCGCUCCUCGUCCCGCCGAUGAUCGUCACCGAGAACCAGAGGGCUCCGUUUCCCAGGCUCAUCGGCAAGGUAACAAACACCGGCACUCUUCUGCUGGACCCAACGGGACCCAACAGGACCCAACAGGACCCAACAGGACCCAACAGGACCAAACAGGACCCAACGGGACCCUACAGGACCCUAAAGGACCCUAAAGGACCCAAUGGGACCCUACAGGACCAAACAGUCCACCGGGCCAACCGGGUCCACUGGGCCAACUGGGCCAACCGGGUCCACCAUGUUCACCGGGCCAACGGGGUCAACUGGGCCAACUGGGUCCACCAGGUCAACUGGGCCAACUGGGCCAACCAGGUCCACCAGGCCAACGGGGUCAACUGGGCCAACCGGGUCCACCGGGCUAACCGGGUCCACCGGGUCCACCAGGAUAACUGGGCCAACCAGGUCAACUGGGCCAACUGGGUCCACCUGGUCAACUGGGCCAAACAGGUCCACUCGGGUCCUCUGGUCCCACCCGGUCCACCCGAUCUAACCCGGUCCAACCCGGGUCCUCCGGGCCAACCUGGUCCAACCCGGUCCAACCGGUCCAACCCGGUCCAACCUGGUCCAACCGCUGCCUCUGGCAGCACAGACAGAACCAAGGCAGCUGUGUUUGAUGUUCCUGUCAGUAUUUGCUCCAUCAUUCCUCCAUCACUGACUCAGGAACCUGAAGCUUCCUCACAGCUGGAGGUCUCCACCACAGACUUCUCUGGGAACGUGGUGGAGGGACCCGUCAUACUCGUCGUCACCGUCAUCGACCAAAACGACAACCGGCCCAUCUUCAAGGAGUCCCGCUACACCGGAGAGGUGCUGGAGGGAUCGCCCACAGGAACCACAGUGAUGACCAUGACGGCGUUUGACGCAGACGACCCCAACACCGACAACGCCGUGCUGCGCUACAACAUCGUCAGGCAGUCGCCGGACAAACCUUCGCCCAACAUGUUCUACAUCGACGCAGAGAAAGGCGACAUCGUCACCGUCAUUUCUCCGUCGUUACUGGACAGGGAGACUCUCCCAACCACGACGUAUGAAUUAGAGAUCGUGGCGAAGGACAUGGCAGGAAGUGAGGUGGGCCUAACAGGAACAGCCACGGCCACCAUCACCAUCACAGACAAGAACGACCACGGCCCAGAGUUCACCCAUCCCCUGUUUGAGGCUCGUGUGCACGAGGGCUCCCGAGGCGUCGUGGUCAACCUGACGGUGGACGACCGGGACGACCCGGCCACGGCCGCGUGGCGAGCCCUGUACUCCAUCAUCAGCGGAGACCCCAAGCAGAGCUUCGAGGUCCAAACCAACCCAGACAACAACGAAGGAAUGCUGUCAGUGGUCCAGCCUCUGGACUACGAGACCACGGCGUUCCACACGCUUCUCAUCAGGGUGGAGAACGAGGACCCUUUGGUUCCCGACGUUGGCUACGGUCCCAGCUCCACGGCAACCGUCCACGUCACAGUGGAGGACAUCAAUGAGGGACCCGUCUUCUUCCCGGACCCCCUGCUGGUCACCAGGAUGGAGAACGUCCCAGUGGGCAGCUUCGUGGCGUCACUCAACGCCUCAGACCCAGACAUACUGGAGGUUCAGAGCAUCAGAUAUGCGGUUCUGAGCGACCCGGCGGCUUGGCUGAGUGUGAACCCGGUCAGAGGAACCGUCAACACCUCGGCCUCUCUGGACCGGGAGUCUCCGUAUGUCCAGGCGAAUAAAUACACGGCUCUGUUCGUCGCCACAGACAACGGCAUCCCUCCGGCCACCGGGACGGGGACGCUCAUCAUCCAUCUGGAGGACUACAACGACAACGCCCCGUUCGUGGUGCCGUCCGUGGCGCAGGUGUGCGAGGACGCCGGCGACAUGAACGUAGCCGUGGUGGCAGGACGGGACAAAGACUUGGCGCCCAACGCGGCGCCGUUCAAGAUAGAACUGGGGAAACAACCGGGCCUGGACAAAACAUGGAGGGUCACCAGAAUCAACUCCACUCAUUCCCAGAUCAUGCUCCUGCAGAGUCUGAAGAAAGCCAACUACCAGCUGCCGCUGCUCAUCACGGACUCAGGGGUGCCCCCUUUGUCCAACAGCACAGAGGUCAAAGUUCAGGUGUGCAUCUGUACAAAGACCAAGAGAUACUGCAGCUCCGCCCACUCCCACCGCACUAGCCUUGUUGUGCUGCUGUCGACACUGCUGCUUGUCCGUCUCUGCCUGUAAGUCCUGCUGAAACCUCUCACUGUCCUUUUCGCACCACUGAGAAGCAACGACGAAUCUCCCCACGCGCCCGGGAUUAGGAGGAGGAGAAGAAGAAAUCUUCUCACCUCGAUGAAAUCCAACAAGCAAACCCAGAACUUUCUACCUGGGACGCCGCCUGUCAGCCAUCUUUGUUUUUAAAUCACUUCCUGUUUCCUGCUGGCCCUCUCCAUCUUCACCUCUCUGAUCUUGCGUUCCUACUCUUUAUUUUCCCUCUCUCUCCAUCCAUCACUGAUCAUUGAUUUCUGUCCCAACCUGCCCCCUCCCCCACCCGUUGCAGAGCUAGGAAUGUAGCGGUGUUAGCAUUGUUAGCAUCGCGCCACAUCCUGAAGGAACAUUAAUACUGAUGGAGAGAAAAAAGCAGAUCAACUCCUAAUGAAGCGGAAACCUCCUCUCCCCGUCGUCAUGGCUACCUCUUUUACCUGCCCCCCCCCCAUGAAGACUGCCUGGCUGUGUUAGCGUCUCCCAUCCGUCCGUUGACCUGCGUGCCGCCGCCGGCCCAGUGAACUCUGCGGGCAGCGGCGGUGUUAACGUGUUUCUUUAUCUUCUCGUCAGAACCUGUUUGAUCGUUUGAUCUUGUUUCCGUCUCGGAGGACUGAACGUCUUUCUUUGUCUGCAGUCUGUUGGUGGUUGUGGCUUUUUUUAGGACGAGGUUGUAGCCAUAAGCCUUCAAAAUAAGAGACUCUGGAGUCGUUUCCUCAGUUUGCUUCUGUUCUGAUCUCAUUAGUUAUCAUGGAGUGGAAAACAGUAAAUCUUCACAGUAAUGGUGUAAACCUGAAAAAAGUACUAUUAUAUAAAUAUUUUUAUUUUUUACCAUUGUAUAAAUAUACAGUAUUGAUUAACUUAUGUAGUUUCAGUCUGUUUUAAAAGAGGAAACCAUCUUUUCUGUGAAAUUAGAGGCUGUUGUUGUGUUCACUAUUUUACUGUAACAUCUUUGGUUUCAGAUUGUUUUCCUUUUUCAAGCGUGGUUCAUUUUGCACAAUCAGGAGUGAAGUUUGCUCGACUGCAGCCGUGUUUGGGUUCGGUUCGUUCUCCCGCCUCUCAUUUCCAGUCAGAAGAAGAAAAACAAAGACUCUGGUGGAUCGUUUUCCUUUUUGUCUUCGCGCUCAUCGGAGAAGCGUUCGUCUGCAGACCAACUUAAACAAAAAAAGGACAUCUUGAAUGAGUUCUGUCUGUCUUUUGCACUAAUUUAAUAAAGCCGUUACUGAAAGUUCC